GGGUGUACCAACAUGGCGGCGCCCUCGGCAAGUGCAAGACCUGUCCUGCGACUGCUGGCGUUACAUGGUUAUCGGCAGAACGAACGGAGUUUUAGAGAGAAGACUGGGGCUCUCAGGAAAAUCCUGAAGGGUCGGGCUGAGAUCGUGCACAUCACUGCCCCGCUGAUAAUACCGGAGCCCGGUGGGGGUGAGCAAUAGUGACAAACACAGCGUUCCAUUAAUAGAAUGCUGGAACAUGGUGCAUUUAGCAACGUUCUUCGUUUGGGGCUCUGUAAACGGCGUACAGAGAGUUUAGAUUAAAAAUAAAACAGCUAUGCAUUAGAUUAGAUUAAAUGUUAGCGUGAUUUAUUUUAAGCCACAGCCCAUAUUUUUCUUUAUUGGAUUUAGUUAGUUGGGCAGAAGCUAUGUAUUAGAUCAAAUCAUAAAAGGGAACCAUAACUUCCCUGAAAGUGACAGCUCUUGGCUCACUCACCCUCUAAACGUUUCAGUCACAUUUACUCAGGUAAAAAAAAAAGUGCUGCUGAGUUAAGUUUAAAAUAAAAAUAAAAACACACUUAUACUCUGUGGUUUAAAGGAACACUGGUCACCAUAACAACUUCAUCUAAACAAAGAUGUUAUGGUCAGGGACGUAUUAGCCGCGAGGCAAACUAGACAUUUGCCUUGGGCGGCAUUUUUCAGGGGGCUGCAAAAAACGCCGCCCCCAAAUGCCCAGGGCAAAUGCCUAGUUAGCCUUGUGGCUAACAAACAUGCGCGGCGCUGGCUGCUGGGCGGGCGGCUGGCGAGGGAGCUCUUCCUCUGAGCGGUCUGCUCAGCUCCCUCGCGCGCCGCAGAGUGAGGCUGGGAGCCGGAAUAUGACGUCAUCUUCCGGCUCCCAGCCUCACUCUGCGGCGCGUGAGGGAGCUGAGCAGUCAGCUCAGAGGAAGUGCUCCCUCGCCAACCGCCCAGCAGCCCGACCGGCAGCCACUGGACCCCCAGGGAGAGAGAGAACCCUCCCCCCCAGCAUUCCCAAAGGUAAGGAGGCUGGGGAAAAAAAAAAAAAGUGUUAAUGUGAGUGUGUGUGUGUGUCUGACUGUUUGUGACUGACUGUGUGUGUGUGUGUCUGACUGUUUGUGUGUAUUUAGAAGGUGGGGCGGGGGGGAAGGGUUGUGUGGGGGUGGCGCGGGGGGAGGGGGGUGCCUGAGUUUUGUCCUGCCUAGGGCAGCACAAAACCAGGAUACACCACUGGUUAUGGUGCCAAUAGGCCCCUAGGUGCUUUCUUAUCUUACGUUCUUGAAUAGUUUAACCCUAACCCCAAAUGCUCCCUCUAUCACCAGAUCUGCAGUUUCCCCAAGCAGCAUCCGGCUUCUGAAAUUGUGUUUCAGGAAUAGUAGAGUGUUGCUGGGCAGCGGUGCAGCUUAAUGGUUAGAGCUGUCAGCUGACUCUCCAAGCCAAUCAGUAGCUACCCAUUCAUAAAAAAAUUUACAUACUUAAAGCAGCGCUGUCACCAUCUGGGGAUUUUGUAAAAACAGUGACAUCACUGCUGGCGUAAUGGUGGCCGUGGUGGCAGCUAAGGAUGAGAUUACUUACCUGAACCAGUCCCUGCGGGGUGCCGCCAUCUUGCUUGCGCUGCUCCUCUUGAACUGAAUCAAGGUCACUGCUAUAAUCUCGCGCAUGUGCAAGAGUGCAGCAUUGAGGUCUUUGGUGGAUCCCGCAAGACCAUGGGAUCCUCCAUAGUAACAGCCAUUUAUCUGCAGCCGCCAUCAUUGUGUCAGGCGGAGGAGAAAUACAGACACAAAGUAGUCCUUACUUUGUGUCUGUAUAUCUCUUGACUGGGUUGGAAUUUCUGUGAAAUUCCAACUCGGUCAGUAUGAGUAUUUAGUACAGAUUCUAUCUUUAUGGAAUACUCAUUUUUAACAUGGGGGUUACAGUGGGGGUAACGGAAACUACUUUCAGAAAUGUAUGACUGCAGAGAAGACUGUUGCAGACCCCAGGUAAGUUGUCAAACCAUUCUUAAAGGAGAUCUGUCACUUCAAAACUAUUUUUUUUAAAUAUAAUAAUCCUUUCAUCAAGCAUUGAAAGGAAAAGAUUUGAUUUAGUUUUUUUUUUAAUUAAUAUGUGUAUAAAACUAAUCUCUGCCUUCUAAUAUGUGACAGUAUCCUUCAGCCAUAUACAUGCACCUUUGGUCAGACAGUGUUUGAAAACAGUCUCCAUGGCCUUCCCUGCUUCUGUGCAGGGAGUCAAGCAGGGAAGGCCACAGAAACUAACAGUCGGUUUUCAAACACAGUCUGACCAAAGGUGCGUGUAUAUGGCUGAAGGAACCGGUCAUACACUAAAGGUAUGGAUGACACUCCUAGCACCAGCAGGCUUCAGUGGUUUUGGCGCUUGGGGCUUACCUUUAACAAAUUCUGGGAUUAAUGGUGAGGUAAUCAGGUCUGUAGUGGUACAAUUAGUGUUAUAGAGCAUUUAAAGCCUAUUGGGAAACAUGCUACAAUAACGAAUUGCCAUUGAUUCAUUCUUAAUAAAGUUUGGAUGCGUCAUUUUGUUUGUUAGAGUAAUUCUAAUUACAUUAAAGGACCACUAUAGUGCCAGGAAAACAUACUCGUUUUCCUGGCACUAUAGUGCCCUGAGGGUGCCCCCACCCUCAGGGUCCCCCUCCCGCCCGGCUCUGGAAAGAGGAAAGGGGUUAAAACUUACCUUUUUCCAGCGCUGGGCGGAGAGCUCUCCUCCUCCUCUCCGCCUCCGUUCCUCCUCCUGGGCUGAAUGCGCACGCGCGGCAAGAGCUGCGCGCGCAUUCAGCCCGUCGCAUAGGAAAGCAUUUACAAUGCUUUCCUAUGGACGCUGCGUGCUCUCACUGUGAAAAUCACAGUGAGAAGCACGCAAGCGCCUCUAGUGGCUGUCAAUGAGACAGCCACUAGAGGGAAGGGGAAGGCUUAACCCAUUCAUAAACAUAGCAGUUUCUCUGAAACUGCUAUAAUUAUGAAAAAAUGGGUUAACCCUAGAAGGACCUGGCACCCAGACCACUUCAUUAAGCUGAAGUGGUCUGGGUGCCUAGAGUGGUCCUUUAAGUUAGUACCUAGAGUUAUGAAUCUAGAAUUCUGUUUAAUAACAAAACAAAAUAAAUGUAUCAAAUUAACAAUUGAUGGUAUACAUCUGUAAAUAACAGGUACCUGGAAAAAUAAAAAGUUUAUUUAGUUCUUUUUACCCAGUGGUACAUCAUCUUGUUUUUAUUUAUUUUUGCUUGACUCCUGUAACAUUUUCAUUCUCCGAUUUAAUAUUGUUGGCUAAACUUUUCAAAUUAUGUACUUUUUUUUUUAAAAAUAACAUUUAAAAAAAAAAAAAAAUUUUAUUAAAAAUAUCAAAAAAUAUAUAAUAUAAAAAUUAUAUCAAUAUAUAAAUAAUUCAAAUAUAGCAAAAUUCAAAUGUUUUUCAUAAUAUAUUAAAUAAUUUUUAAAUAUUUUAAAAGUAUUAAUUUAUUUGGAAAGCUAUAUUAACUCAUUUGGAAAACUUAUAAAUCAAGGCCAAUGUUAAAAUAUAGAUUUAGUGAAAAUAUGGAAUCAAACACACUAGUCACUUUGUUAAAAAAUAUAUAUAUAUAGUUUCCUCUUGAAUAUUCUUUUUUUAUUUAUUUUUUAAUAGGAACCUCAAACCUUGUUUUAUUAACAUUUUGAUACAUACCCAUGAUUUUCAGGGUGCUAUAUGAUGGAUAUUAAUACAAUUCUGCCUUAUCCAGGGCUCACCCCUUUACACUUCACUCUUGUGUAAAAGCAAUCCCUCCCAUGUUCCAUAGAAUGAUGCCUGUAUGAUCUCCAUGCUAAAUUCUGCCGUUAUGGAAUUUGGAGCUGUGUAUGUCUCUGAACAGGCAGUCUUACUGUGAUGGCCAGUUUAUUGUUAGUGAACCAGUUUUCCGAGAUAGCAGACACAGUGAGAACUCAGAAUAUUGAAUCUUUCGCAGUAAAGCGAAGCAUGAUUUGCUUCAUUGAUCCUGGCAGUGUUGUAUUAUGGGCCUCCUGGGCCUGGAGCUGGAGACUUUGAUGUAUUUGAUUUAAAUCCAUGUAUAAAUGGAACAUUGCAGGCAUAUUGAGAAUUCUCUCCAGAUGUGCACAUAUAGACUGGACAUCGGAGGCAUUUGUAAACGAUUGCCAUGUGCGUAUAAAUAGAUUGGUCAUUGCAGUCAUGAGUAAAACAAUCUCGUUCUGCAUAUAUAAAAUCUUCAGAGUUAGUGGCAUGUGGAUCCCCUGUUUUAUAAUGGGGAAUGUUCCAUGUUAAAUAGUUACUCCAAGCACUAUUACUUCUUCAGUAAUAUGAAGUGGUUAUGGUGCCUGGAGUCUGUGUGCAGCGUUUCACUGUGAAAAACAGCACACACAGGGUUUAACCCCUUUUUACUGCUAGAGGUGUAGCUCCGCCUCCGGGCAGUGUUAUCAGCCAGCCCGGAACAAGAGACAGAAUUAAGGUGCCCACAUCCUUGCAUCUUGUUACCCAUUUACACAUGUAAUUGGCUAUUCACAUAAUAGAUGCAUACAGAAUUAACCAUUUAAGCACAUACAUAACUGUCCGCACAGACAAACCUAACUUGCAGUACGUUUGUAGGUACUAACACACAUGCACAGACUGAUACUAGAUAAAUGUGUAGACACUCACACAGGCAGAUAUACACAUAGUUUGUAAUUGUAUUAUUGCUCUCUCUUGGCCCUCCCGAUGCUCACUUGUAUCACUGUUGAGAAACAAGAGAGGCUCUGUUGUGCUAAAGAUGUUGUUUAGGAAUUAACCGCAGUGGCCUCCUAUCCUGGUACCAGCUUGCUGCCUUGCAGGUAAAUGACGGUAUGUUUACCCAGUGCAAAACAUGUGUAGAUGUAUUUGGGUGCAGAAAGCUUUUAUUGCAGUUCCCUCCACCUAGAUAUGUCCGUGCGGGAGCCUAAUUCCGAACACAUAGAGCGCAUUGAGUGACUUGAACCAAGGGCAGAUCUUUCCCUUCCAGCUGCUGGGCGUAUUGUUGAUCUCAUUACAGGAGACAUUUUGGAUCUCACCAAACUGCCACCCUAAAUUAGAUAUUUAUACUAAAAUCUUUCAGGCAGUAAAGCUGGGCACUUCGCCAUUUACUGAAUAAGCACUGUAACUUUUAUAUAGCAUAUCAAUUAGAGGUAGGGCAGUAUUGGGGGUGGGGGUUAAUGCACUUUAUAGCGCUCUGCUGCAACAGCUCAUGAUAAUGUGGUCCAAUCAGGUAGUGAUAGAGUAAAGUGAAGGCCUUCUCUCCCCCUCCUUCCUUAAUGUGAAUGACAUCACAUAUUAGGGAGAAAGUAACAUGUAAAGUAUUAUAAGCUCGGCCUCUGUAGUAAAACAGUAAAAAGCACCAGGCAGGAAAAAAUAAAUAGCCCUCAUAUACAUCACCUUCUACAUUACUGGAAUAACCAGGUGCUGCUGGCAGACCUGAUACUUUUAGGAUAACUCAAGGUAAAAAAAAUAAAAAAUACUUCCUUGUGUAUCUUGGGUCUUAUACCAUUCCCUGAUUUUGGAUAACUUCAUCUAUGUGAAUACCACAGAUUUAAAAAAAAUGGUUGGUUAACCCUUUAAUUUAUUGCUGACUUUUGUGGUACUCUAACUGUUAUGGUUCCAGUUUAAUGGACCUCUAAAAUAAAGAUCUCUGAAAAAACUUGAGCAGUGACCUGUUUUUUGUUGUUGAAUGUUGUCCAUAUUCUGUAGUAUGUUAACCCCUUAAGGACACAGCUUCAGAAGCUUGUCUUACGCUUAAUGACACAAGCAAUUUUUGCAUUUUCUUGCUGUAUGCGUUCAACUGCAAUUUGCAUCUCUCUCGUUUAUUGCACCGACACAUAUUAUAUACUGUUUUUUAAAGGACAGAAAGGGCUUUAAUUUGAUGUAACAUAUAUAUAUAUAUAUAUAUAUAUAUAUAUAUAUAAAAUGCUUGUUUAUUAUAAAAAAAAAAAUACAGAAAAACCCACAAAGGCCUACCAUUUGUAAAAUAGACACUCCAGGGUAUCUCAUAUGGUGCAUAUUGUGCCUUAAUAUGCCCCCAUUUUUUCACCAAUAUAUGCCAAAGUAUGUGGUAAAAAAUAAUUUUGGGCAUUUUUUACAUACGGUUACAUUUUUGCUGGGCAUUUUGUACAUUUAAUAAUUGCCACUAAGUUCAAACCCCCCAAAUUAUGCUCAGCUAAGUCUUCUGAGUAAAACAAUAUGCCCAAUGUAUGACCUAGACACUAUUUUGUGAAGUUACAGUGCUGUAAAAGAGACGCGACAAGUUAAGGUUUUUAAGUGUGAAUUUUCAUGGAGGGUUUUGAUGCGUCCGUGUCCCACUUUGGAGCACUUGAGCAGGCUACAUAUUACAACUACACCAUGAUGGAAUACCAUUUCUUAAAGAACACAUCCCAGGGUAUUUCAAAAGGCAUAUUUUGAACCUUAGCGUGGGAUAAUUUUUCCACUAGCUUGUACCAAGUGUAGUGGUAAUAAGUGGUUUUUUUUGCCUUUUUGACACACAAAGUGAGUUUGCACAGUAUAUUUUGCAAACCUUAUGUGUACUACGACUGUAUACUACUUCAUAUGUUGCUCAGCUAUGUCGGCUGAGUACAGCAAUACCCCCGUAUGUACCUUUUCCAGCUAUAUGUGGACAUUGAAGGGGCACAUUUGGGACACAGCCAUUCCAGUUUUUUUUUUCAAACUUUGACUUUUUACGCUAUGUCCAUGUCCCAUUUUAGAGUAUUUUACAAGGCUAUAUAAUCCAAUUACACCAUAAAGGCAUACCAUUUCUAACAGUAAAUUCCCCCCUUUCCUAUAACUCCCACCCACUCCAGCUAGCAAAAUAUAUAUAAUUGUUAAAUAUUUAAAUUAAUUAAAUAAAUUGAGGGUUAAAAAAUAAAAGUUAAUCGUCAGGGGUUAAAAUAAAUUAGAUUACAGUAUAAUACUGUGAUCUGUAUUUUGAUCACUGUAGGCAGUGAUCAACUGGCAGGGAUGUGGUUAAUUUUUAUUUAGACUGGGUAAAGGGGGGUGGUAUUUUUUUUUUUUUUACUUAAACAUUACUAAAACAUUUUUUUUAAAACUUUUUUUUACCUUUUUUAAAGCUUAUUUUAAAACUUUUUUAACGUUAACCCCUAGUUAGCCUAACACCAAAUUCCCCACUAACUUCCACCCAUCCCAGCUAGCUAAAUAUAUAAUUUUUAAAUAUUUAAAUUAAUUAAUAAAAUUUAACCCCUGAGGGUUAAAAAUAAUAAUGAACCCUCAGGGGUUAAAAAAAAUUCAGAUUCAAAAAUUCAGCCUGUCAGAGUGAGCACUGCUGCAGGGGCAGCCCGAUCGGGUGCUCCCAGUCUGCCUCUAAUACAGAGGCAGACCGGAGCACCGUUAACCCCGCGAUCGCGACGAUCUGGGGUUAACUUUAGUAAAUGAUGGAAAUUUUCCGUCAGCGGUCCUUAACUGAAGGACAAGGUUGACGGAAAAUUUUCGUCUGCGGUCGGGAAGGGGUUAAAGUCCCUACCUUCAUUCCAGACAUGUUCUAAGCUAGGUAUAGCGCUCAAUAUGAUUAAACUGACUCUACUGCCCAGGCUUAGUCCAUUCAGUGGCUGUUAUAAGAAGAAGUGCACAGCUGAACAAUAUAUAUUUAUAUAUAUAUAUAUACACACACACGCGUUUUUUUUUUUGUUUUUUUUUAAUCAACAUGUUUAAUUUUCCUCGCUGUCCAUGCUAUGUGAUUGCAUUGUCUAAUAGACAAGUAGCGCAUACCCAAGUCUAAACACACAUGGUUCCCCAGUGAUAGAAUGAGUACAGGUUUGGUAUUGAUGUUCUUGUUUACACUGUGAAUCUCUUCUUGUUUGUUCUCUGUACAAUUAGGAGCGUUCGUGAUCUCAUCAACCACUUUGUAGCGAGCAAUUAAUAGUUUAUGCUGUGUGUAGAUAGGAAGCAAAUGUUAUUUUUAGAUGUAAUGCUUGAAUAACCACUUCUCCAUUUAGCAUUUAGUUUAGUUUUUUUUAAAUGGUCAAAUGGUUAGUUACUGAAUCUGUCCAAAUAUCUGCAAAAAAUAAGAAUAAGUAAGUAAUAUAGCUUUAAAGGGGCUGCUUCACAAUACAAAACAAGCGACUCAUAGUUUCUAAAACAAAGGAAAGAUAUGUAUGUGUGAGCGCUCCAAACAACUCAAGAUCUGUUCCAGCCAAAAGAGAUCUAAAAAUCUCAAUGGAAAUACAUCACUUUUAAAUAAAAAAUAUGUUGUUUCUGUGUCUAUUAUCUGAUAAUAAGUCUAAAAAGCAAUUGUAUCAACUAGACUGUAUGAUCAAAGUAUACAGUAUAACCCAUAAAUAAUUGCAAUAUAAGACGUUAAAAUAUAUAGCUAGGGAAUCAAUGAAAACAAUACCCAGCUCAACUAUAAAUGAAAACUAUAUUUGACAAACAGUUUUAAUAUAUUUAGCAAAAAAUGAUAAUGAGGGUGAAAUGACAGAACACAAUGUCUAAAAUAUUCCAGUUCCAGGGAAAAUAUCCGUGUAGCUCCAGUGAGGGGACCCUUCACUGGAGUGAUACUGAAUUAGUCACCAAAAAGAGUUUGUAAAUAAAAAUAAUGGCCUUUAAAAAUAGAAGGUUAAAAGUGAGUGCAUGCACAAUUCAAACGGGUGGAUGGAACAUGGAGCUCCAAAACCCUCCCGCCUGUCGUGGCAAUGCUAAGGGUGUACUGAGUACGCUCCCGGGCCUGAAAAAGCUCUGGGAGUAUCCCAGUGAGACUUACCCUGUUCGCCGCGCCAGAUGCCGGGUAGGGGAGCGCGCCGGUCCACACUCACCUGAUGUUUAAAUAACCACUUCUCCAUUUAGCAUUUAGUUUAGAUUUUUUCCAUAGUUUGUGAUAACCAAAAGACAUUUGAAUGUAUACGUUGAACUAUAUUUUUCAGAAACAUUUUGUUCCUCUUCUGCCAGUUGACUAUAUCUGCAGAUACACACACUUACAAUGUACUUAGAAUAUUUUAUUAUGGGUAUGUGCCUUAUUCCUACUCCACAGCUAUGGUCUUCCUCCCAAACUAUCCAUAUGCUCUACAUGUUCCCUUCCCCUAACCUUCCAUAUCCUCUGCAACCAUCAGCCAUGUAACCCCACCCCAAUCAUUUCUAUCCCUUCUAACUGUGCUCCCCCCUUCCCAGCCAUUUAUGCCCUUUCUAGCCAAGUUCCUCCUCUUCAACCAUUAUUACUCUGUGUAGCCAGGUUCACACUCUCCAACUAUUCCUGCAACCCAUUCAUUCAAACAGCUACCCACCAUCUAUAUCCCUCAAGGCAUGUUCCCCUCCUCCUACUAGACAUUUUUGCACGUCCAUUCCCUCAAUCCAUUCAUAUCUCCUGCAGAUAUGUUUCACCUCUCCAACCACACAUUUUCUCGAACCCUAUUCCCACUCAAUACCCUUCCAUAUUUCCUGCAGCCAAAUUCAUCCUCCACAGUUAUCUAUAUAACAUGCUGACAUGUCACCCCUCCCCAACCACUUAUAUUUCCAGCAGCCUUGUCCCCCCUUCUCAGUUAUUUAUGUUCCUUGCAGCUUUGUAUCCUUUCCCCAUCUUACAUUGCAGUGGGGCUCCCCAUCAUGUCCUUUGCAGUUAUUUUGCUGCCCUCUACAUUCCAUAUCCUCUGCUGCCAUGUUCCAAAUUCCAAUCAUCCAUGUUUACUUUACCCUUAUUCUCCUACCCUUUCAGUAUGUUCUCGUUGGUGGCAGAAAUACCUUAACAGUCAGUAAAUCCAGUGUCUUUUUUUUUCUAUAGAUGUCAUCAAAGAUGGAAACUCCGACUCUUCAGAGGAAGAACCCAGAGGCUGGUGGUUCUCAAAUCCUGAAGACAACAGCUUUAACGCCAUGGACAACACAGAGGGAUGCUCCGGUUUAGAUGACUCAUUUCAAACUGUGGCCAAAGCAUUUACUGAACUAGGACCAUUUAAUGGCAUUCUAGGAUUCAGUCAAGGAGCUGCUCUGGUGGCCAUGCUGUGUUCUUUAAUGCAGAGAGGUGAUGUACGCUUCAAGUUUGACUUUGCUGUGCUGGUUGCUGGCUUCAAAAGCCGGGCAUCAGAACAUGAAGAAUAUUACCAGCAGCCCAUUACUGUCCCAUCUCUUCAUGUUUACGGUGAAACGGACCGCGUUAUUCCAGACCACAUGAGUCAAGAACUUGUCUUGCAUUUUGAGAAACCAGUUACUCUCACACAUGCGGGGGGUCAUUUUGUCCCUGCCUCAGCACAGCAGAAAAAGGUUUAUUUAGAGUUUUUGAACAUGUUCAAUAAAUGUGUUUGAGUGAUUUGUUUUUUAAGGUCCUUAAUUACUCAUGCAUGUUAUACUGCAAUAAUUAAAUAUUCAGUUCAGGCACCAUUACCACUACAGCACACUCUAGUUGUUAUGGUUGCAGGAAUCCCCAGGCACUGUCCCACAAGGAGUAUCUAAACUACUGAAACGUUUGACACUUCUCUGUAUCCUCUUGUCCAGCUCCUCCUUGUUAUAGCUAAAAUGAAAGUUACAUUUAUUCCAUAGCUAUAUCAAUUUCAUCUCUAAUUUUCAUUGGCUGAAAAGCAUAAACUGACACUCUUUAGCUAAUGAAUUCCGUCCAAACAUUGAUGCAAUUGAAGUCACUACUUUAGUGAUAUGAGUCGACCAGGCUGGAGGCACCCAGGGUGAAAAUGGUUUGACUACUUACUAUUAGAUAGUUCAGGAGACUCCUGGUGCCAGAAGCUCUACAGUUCACUCUAGUGGUUAUGGUGCUUAGAUUAUUCCUUUAAUUAUAAAAUAUGAUUAAAAUUGUAGCUUAUCUGCACACUCUCAUGAAAUCUGUGGUUUUUACCUUCAGGAACAAUUUAAUUGUACAAAAAUAAAUUUAUAUUUUACUGCAGUGAAUAAUACAGGGCUGUGAGAAAGGUUACUUAGUUCGCCAGUGUUGAAUGUACACUGUUUAUACAGUAUACACUUUCCCAGCAAGUAAGGAGCAGACUGGGUGAAAAUGGUUUGACUACUUACCAUUAGAUAGCUUGCUGAAGUGCUUUGUGGGUGAGGAGUCUCCUCAUUUAACCCCAGUUUAUAAAAGUGCUGAUUUCUAUGAGAAAAUCAGCCCUUUUAUAAAUUAACCAGGGAACUCCCACCUGGCUGUCAAACAGCCAGGGAGGAUUCCUUCCUACUUCCGUUAGCUCCCCUGAGCUAACGGAAGUGGCAGGCAUGCUUUACUUGAGUGUGCCUGCCUCCCCCUCCCCCACUCACAGACCUCAGACCAGCUCGACAGUUUUUCCCUGCACAUGCAACCAGGUGCACAUGCAUGCACGGUCCGAUAUACGAGCCCUCAACAUUGUGCAUGAGCCGGCGUGCACGUGCACAUGGGGACCAAGUCAGAGGCUUCUCAAUGAGAAACCUCUGAUUGGUUAUUUCCUUGUUAAGAGACUGAAAGUCUCUUCUGGGGGGAAAGGGGAGGGGCUUACAAAGGCAGCAGUCAUAACUGCAUCUUUUGUAAUCUAUUUUAGACUAUACUCCCAAUGAAUACAUACAUGAAAAUAUGCAUGUAUGUAUUCAUUGGGGGUAUAUCUACUAAACUGGUUGUUUUUUUUUUGGGUGGGGGUUUGGAAGUGUGGAGUGGUCCUUUAAGGAAGAAUGCAUUCCAUAAUCUCCACUUAUUUCCUAGCCCUGUCCGAGAAACAUUUCCUUUGCCCCCAGGAUCUCCAUUUCACAUCCAGGGAUGGCCACAUUUCAGAUCUUAUCACAUCCUCCACAGGCACUGCAUCCCAAGGGUAUGUAAUGUCUCACCACCAACCCCUCCCUUUAAAAGCUUAUUUAAAGGUCCAUUUCCCAUUGGCAAUUAAAAAAAAAAUGAAUAUUAAAUGUCAACUGUGUAUAAGCCACUGAUGUGAAAAAUGAAAGCAAAUUUGAAAUGGACAAGCACUUUAACCCACUCCAGGCUGGCAGACCUCAAAUGCUGUGUAAGAGCAAUAAUAUAGAAUUAUUACUACUAUCUAUAGUGCAGUACAUUCGUCAUGUGAUACUCACUGAUACACAAAUCCAUCCAGCAAAGGAGUCAAUCUAUGGUAAGCAAACACACCAGAUGUAGAGGCUGCUGGUCAAAUUAGCAGUAGUUCACAAUGUUUCUGACGCUGAAUACAACGAGUAAAGAGCAGUGUAUCCAGAGAGCCAUCCAUGUCUGUAAGUGAUUUAAGCAUGUUUAUAGGAAAUGAGGCUGCUGCUGAGUAAGGUUUGAUGCUUGGACGUAGCUGAUAACUUGAUCAAGCUGGAUAAUAAUCCUCCAUGCUUUUUCUACAGCAGGGAAAGGGUUGUUCUUUCCCAGCUAUACAUAAAGGACCUUGAUUUAUAAAUCCCUUUUCUUUUCUUUAUUCUCCAUAGAGAUAAUUUGCAAGUAUCAAACGAGAGCGCUAAGAAAAUGAAUGUAUACAUGUAUAAUUUAUUUAUUUUUUUCUUUAUUUUAUCGUAGCGGGCACCCACUUGGUUUCUAAAAAUUUCUAAAUGUCUUUUUUUUUUUUUUAAAUCCAGUGCUGAGACAGAAACUUGAUUGCAUCAUUGCAGGCUAAUCCUCUACUGGUGACGUUAUGGCGCAUGCACUACAAAUAUCUAUAUGCUUCCAAUGCUUCUGUACAAGAAGAGCCGCACAGCUUCUGAUGUCUGCAUGCAAAGUAUGCCGAUUUCGAAGAGAUUCCAUAAUUUAAUUUCUUAUUUUUGAGAGCC